AUGAUUAUAUGCUUACCAUGUGGAGAAAAAGAAUUAUUACAAAUGUCUGGAUCCUUUAUAUCUGAACACUUCUAUAGAUAUUCCAUGGACAAACAAUUAAUUCCAUUUUAAGCAGGAAAGUAGAUAUUGGCUGCAAUGCAUUCAGAUUGA